AUGGAUAUGAUCUUCGCAGCCCGCCAACUCCAAGAGAAGUGCCAGGAGAUGCGAACCCACCUGUACUCUACCUUCGUGUUUCUGACGAAAGCCUUCGACACGGUGAAUCGUGAAGGACUGUGGAAGAUCAUGCAGAAAUUCGGCUGUCCGGAGCGAUUCACUCAGAUGGUGCGUCAGCUGCACGACGGUAUGAUGGCGCGAGUCACGGACAACGGAGCUGUCUCAGAGGCAUUCGCAGUGACCAACGGAGUGAAGCAGGGCUGUGUGCUGUCGCCUACCCUCUUCAGUCUCAUGUUCUCUGCCAUGCUGAUGGACGCCUACCGCGACGAACGCCCUGGAAUCCGCAUCGCCUACACAACGGACGGUCAUCUCCUGAAUCAACGGCGCAUGAACUUCCAAUCGCGCGUAUCCACAACUACCGUGCACAAACUCCUCUUCGCCGACGACUGCGUCCUGAACACCACCUCCGAAGCGGAGAUGCAACGGAGCAUGGAUCUAUUCUCCGCCGCCUGCGAGAACUUCGGCCUGGUCAUUAACACGCAGAAGACGGUGGUGAUGCACCAACCGCCGCCCAACUCAGCCACAGCCCCCAACGCGCCGCCGCAAAUCAGCGUGAACGGAACCCAACUGCAAGUGGUAGAGAACUUACCGUACCUGGGCAGCACCCUCUCCCGCAACACCAAGAUUGAUGACGAAGUCGCCAACAGGAUCUCGAAAGCCAGUCAAGCCUUCGGUCGUCUCCUAAACACAGUUUGGAACCGCCACGGUCUCCAACUGAGCACGAAGCUGAAGAUGUACAAGGCCGUCAUCCUGCCGACGUUACUAUACGGAGCAGAGACAUGGACGGUGUACACGAGACAGGCACGGCGACUGAACCACUUCCACCUCAGUUGUCUCCGUCGCAUCCUGAGGCUGAACUGGCAGGAUCGAAUCCCCGACACGGAAGUACUGGAACGAACGGGAAUCCUCAGCAUCUAUGCCAUACUGAAACAAAUGCAGCUGCGCUGGAGCGGCCACCUGGUGCGCAUGGACGACGAGCGACUACCCAAACGACUCUUCUACAGAGACGUCGUGACGGGUUCUCGUCGUCAAGGAGGCCAAAUUCGCCGUUACAAGGAUACUCUGAAGUCCUCCCUGAAGCGCCUGCAAAUCAACCCGACCAACUGGGAAGAGCUCGCUCGCGAUCGUCCGACAUGGAGAAGAACAGUGAAGACGGGCGCUGCUAUCUAUGAAGCCAACCGAAUCGCCGCCGCCAAAGAGAAACGCGAAGCCCGCAAAUCACAACUUCGCCCAGUCCGCAACGCCGCCGCACAACCUCUCCCUACGUGUCCUCGAUGUCAACGGACAUCCCGGGCACGAAUCGGACUUGUUGGACAUCUCCGAACCAACUGCACCUCUCGAACUGCUCCAGCCAUCGUCCCCCCGCCCGCCUCUUCCUCCUCUCUUCCGCCAACUAACUCUGACACUCCUUCUGUACCACCAAUUCCAUCCUCCUCGUCCUCGGCGUCCUCCUCCCUCUCCACUGCCCCAGCGGCGGCCGUUCAGACUGCUGUCGCACACAUCACCAACACCAACACACCAACCAACAUUACCUCUCCCACCUCUCCCGAUACCACUGAUGAGGAUAAGGACUACACCUGCCCUCACUGUGACCGCAACUUCACCUCUCACAUCGGCCUGGUCGGUCACUUGCGAAUCCAUCGCACAGAGACUGGUGAACCAGUGCCUGGAACACCAACCUACACUCACCGCACUCGCCUCCACUGCCCACACUGCCCUCGCACCUUCACGCAUCGCAUGGGUCUAUUCGGCCACAUGCGCAUCCACGAGAGCGGAAUUGACCGCAGCCUUGACACAUCCACCCCGCCGAGCCCCACUCCCAAUCCACCACCUUGUGCACCCACUAACCACUCCCCAGCCGACAUCGACGCCACCGACCUUCCCACCCCUCACUCCUCCCCUUCCUCCUCCUCUUCCUCCAUCACUGCCACAACAAGGGCCGCUUCGGCGUCUGUCGCCCACGACUUCACCACAGCCGAACCUGACACAACAACAGGCACAACCCCUGCAACCUCCAUCAUCAGACGUGAGGGCCAGGACUACAUCUGCCCUCCCUGCGAUCGCACCUUCACCUCACGCAUCGGCCUGGUCGGUCACUUGCGAAUCCAUCGCACAGAGACUGGCGAACCAGUGCCUGGAGCACCAACCUACACCCACCGCACUCGCCUCCACUGCCCACACUGCCCUCGCACCUUCACGCAUCGCAUGGGUCUAUGCGGCCACAUGCGCAUCCACGACGACCUGCGGUAUACAACCGCCGGUCACACCACACAUUCCCUCACCCCCUACCUCCUAACACCAUCACCCCACCAGACAUCAACCCCACACACCUCAUGCACUCAACUGCCGCCUCCCACGCAAGUGGGAAGUGUGCAUCUCGACUCGGUCCCCAUGCGGCUUCGGCUGCACGGGUGA